AUUAAAAAGGCUGUUAAGUGAAAUAAGGAAGGGACAGAGAGAAACAGGAGAUUGAAACCACAAGCAAAUCAGAGCUGCUGCCGCCGCCGCCGCUAUUGCUACUGCUGUUGCAUCUGCAAUGAACUGGCUAGACGAACCAAACUGGCAACUUCACGUUUCCUUGCUUAUGCUCCUCUCCGUGCACACCAGGGCCAGUUUCCUAGACAGCAGGCCCUUGCGUAGCUCUGGGAAAGUGAACAUGGAUACGAGGAAGGAAGAUGGUGGGAGCACAGCAGCUGCUCCCCCGCAGAAGAUACUGUUAUGUCACUGUCAUCAUCAUUGUCCUGAAGAAUCAAGCAACAACACCUGCAAAACGGAUGGCUAUUGUUUUGCUAUGAUAGAAGAUGAGGACUCUGGAGGGCAGACACUUACGUCAGGCUGUCUAGGGUUAGAGGGCUCUGACUUCCAGUGCCGGGACACUCCAGUUUCUCACCCGCGAAGAUUAAUUGAAUGCUGCACAGAUCAAGAUUUCUGUAACAAAGAUCUUCACCCUACUCUGCCACCCCUAAAAAAUGGAGAUUUUGCAGAGGAAAACAUCCACCACAAAGUCUUGCUGAUUUCGGUGACUGUCUGUAGUAUACUCCUCGUCUUUAUCAUCCUAUUCUGUUACUUCAGGUAUAAAAGGCAAGAGAGCAGGCCUCGUUACAGCAUCGGGCUUGAGCAAGACGAGACUUACAUUCCACCGGGAGAAUCCUUGAAAGACCUUAUUGAACAGUCUCAGAGCUCAGGAAGUGGAUCUGGGCUCCCUCUUCUGGUGCAAAGGACUAUAGCGAAGCAGAUUCAGAUGGUGAAGCAGAUUGGCAAAGGUCGCUAUGGAGAGGUCUGGAUGGGAAAGUGGCGAGGGGAAAAAGUGGCUGUCAAAGUGUUCUUCACCACAGAGGAAGCCAGUUGGUUUCGAGAAACAGAGAUCUAUCAGACUGUCCUGAUGAGACAUGAAAACAUUUUGGGGUUCAUUGCUGCUGACAUUAAAGGUACAGGGUCUUGGACUCAGCUGUAUCUUAUCACAGAUUACCACGAGAACGGCUCCCUUUAUGACUAUUUGAAAUCCACAACCUUAGAUACAAAAGCCAUGCUGAAACUGGCGUAUUCGUCAGUCAGCGGAUUGUGCCACUUGCACACUGAGAUUUUCAGCACUCAGGGCAAACCAGCUAUUGCUCACCGGGACCUCAAAAGCAAAAAUGUUUUGGUGAAGAAAAAUGGAACUUGUUGUAUAGCAGACCUUGGCUUGGCAGUUAAAUUUAUAAGUGAUACAAAUGAGGUGGACAUUCCUCCAAAUACCAGAGUAGGAACUAAACGUUAUAUGCCUCCUGAGGUCUUGGACGAAAGCCUGAAUCGGAAUCAUUUCCAGUCAUAUAUCAUGGCCGACAUGUACAGUUUUGGGCUCAUUCUUUGGGAAAUAGCAAGAAGAUGCGUUUCAGGAGGUAUUGUUGAAGAAUACCAGCUUCCAUACCAUGAUCUUGUGCCCAGUGACCCCUCGUAUGAAGACAUGAGGGAAAUUGUGUGUAUGAAGAAGCUACGGCCUUCAUUUCCCAAUAGGUGGAGCAGUGAUGAGUGCCUAAGACAAAUGGGCAAACUCAUGACGGAAUGCUGGGCUCACAACCCUGCUUCGCGGCUCACAGCCCUGCGAGUAAAGAAAACACUUGCCAAAAUGUCAGAGUCACAGGACAUUAAGCUCUGAUUCAGCGGACAAAAGGCAUCUCUUUGCUAAAACUCAGAAAAAUGGACUUUCCUUCACGUUUCCAAGAGACAGGAAGAGGAAUGACAAGCCUUCAUUAAUAUCAACCUUGAACGUGGUCCUUCAGCCAAGCAUCUGUACCUUGACACAGAAAGCUUUUGGGGAGCCUGGAGAAGGAUCAUAUCAACAACUGCUUCAAGAUAAUGCAUGCUGCUUUCUAUGAAAGCCCAUAAUAUUAAUAUUAUUAUUAUUAUUACUAUUAUUAUUUGGAUUGUUUAAAUUUUAUGAAAAUGAACCUUUGAAAUACAAAGUACAAAAAGAAUUAUAUUGUUACAUUAAAGAAAAAAAAUAUCAAAAGAAAGCUCAUCUGAAGUUUAGAGUAAAGUGGCGAUGAUUUCCUAUUGACUUUUUGCACUCCACAACCAAGUUCCUGCUGUGUUCUGAAAUAAAAGGAAGGUACAAUAGAAACUGGCUGAUAAGUGACCUGCUAGAUGUCUUUGAUAUAAACAAACUGUGCCUCUUAUAAAGACCAUGUAUUCGAAGUUGCUGUCAAGCAGCAUCCCUCAUACAUAAUCCUCCACCAGUGUCCCCUGUGCCUAAGCCUCAGAGAACAAACGGCUGUACCCUUGGAGCAGCCUUGAUCAUUUUCAAGGCACUUAUGCAGGAGAUAUGCCUGGUGGGAUAUGGCCAGAGCCUGCUGUGUCUCAGCUCUUAAAAGCCACAGACCAGCAGGGGAGUUUUAUGGGGCUUGGUGAUGGGUUUCUAGUCCCUUUUCAUUCUUCCUCUACCUUGAUAUUUCUGAAAUUUUAGGGCCAUCUGCCAUUGUGGCAUUUUUUUUACCCCAAACAAUAUUUUGAUAAGAAUAUGAUUGAAUAAAGGUUUGAUUUAAAAAAAAAUCUGAACAUUCUUACUAGCCUUUCAUUUACCAGGAAAAUCACUGAUAAAUGAAACUGUUUGAAAAGUUGUAUUUUAAAAGUGUUGUCUUAAGUUAGAAAGCGAACAGUGCUAACAAAGGGAAGUGCUUUGUUUAGUGGUGUUGGAAAAUAAGCAGUUACAAUGGCAGGAAAAUCAUGAACACAUGAAGCAAGCCUCUGUGUUUUUCAAAAAUAUACACUCCUUCCUUCAAUAAAAGAUACUGAGAAUUAUAAAAUAUUGCAAAAGAAGUUCUAAGUUUUCAACAGCAUUUUUGCUCUUGCCCACAUUCCUACUGCAGUUUUAGAAGAGAAUCUGCCUGAACUUAAAAAAAAAUAGUGUUUCCCCCCUAAAAAAAAUGGUAUAUUGUUGGAUUGUCUCUCUGUAAUUAUAUUCAUAGAAGUACCCUAUGAUUUGGGCUGGAAUCCCAAGAAUUGUGAGGGGGCUUCUCUGCAUACACUAGUAAUGUGGGGGGUACCUUCCUGAAGCAGCCUCCGCACUUCCAAAAGGUUACUCAUGAGUGGUAAAUGAGACUGAAGGGUAAUUUCAUGUGACAGAGUCAUAGGCACAUUUAUGGGGCUGUUUUAAUUCUAGCUUUGUUUUAGAAUCUUGUGUGUGUAGUCACUGGCAUUCUUCUCCCUGCGGAUAUUGUGGUUUCUCAGCUAUAAAGUCUUUCAGUUAAAAAUGUGCCCAUAACGUAUGAAUGUUACUCCAGUUGGAUCUUUAAAAAGUGUUUCUGGAAUGCACAUGCAUAGCUAACCAUGACAGGAGUUUUCUAAUAUGUCUAGAAUUUUCAGUGUGAAGUUCACCAGUGUGGGUAUUGAACAGUUUUGCCGCUCACACGGAACAAGGCUUGCAAACAUGAGGUUUUGAAAUACUAACAUUAUCAUUUGGAAGGCCUUUUGUAAUGAAUGUUAUGCCCUCUAGGGGUCACUGUGCAUCUUCUGAUUCUGAAAGUCUGGGAUGAAUAGGUCAUAUAAAAGUGAAAGGCCUUGGUGGGAUACCACAACUACAGCCAUUAGGCAUUCUCCCCUACUUUGCAAGGUUAGUGGACAUCAAAGGUUUAAAAAUAUUGGGGAUAGAGCAGCAUGUAUGAAAUGUGUGAUGGAAAUGCGGAAAAUGUAAUUGGUAGUUAAAGCUUGUUUCAGACUCUGACUUCAGAGAGGUAUAUUGAUACUUAUUGGGCGUAUGCAUGCUCUACCAUUCUACCGAGGAGAGUUUAGGAAUUUCUAUAGUCUCUGGCAAAACAACCUGUCUAUAAAGAUGCCUUGCUCAAGAACAGUCAUGAACCUUCCAACUGCUUGUGAAUCUGAAAAGACUUGCUACUGCUUUUUGUUAAGCAUGGGUGAUUCUUAUUGAUUUGGAGAUAAUAUAUCGGCUAUUCUGAGGGCAAUUUGACUUGUGAAGCUCUUAGUUGCUUCUACAUGAACAUUUCUGUUCCAAAGUGAAGUCAAUCAUGCACAAAGCUAGCUUCUUAAGAUAUAUUUCCGUCUUGGGUGCCUCACUUCUUGACAACUGGCACCAUAAAUUCCUGAAGCUGUAACUGCUGAUUAGCUAAUGGAGGCUUAGAAAACCCAAAGAGAUUCUGACCUGACUGGGAUUGAGAGGAAACGACCCAUUUAUGAUUUUGCCAUAUCAUGAAAGGUUUUCAUAGGAACUUCUCUUUUACCAAAUUGUCUCAGGAUUCAAAACAAAAACAUAGAAGUAUUUUUUUAAAAUUCGCUUAAUCCUACCCCUUUAUGUUGCUAUAAUUCUUGUGUCGUUUCAUCCAAAUACAGUUGCCCUGAUUUUCUUGGGCAGCAGAAAAGAACAGAAAUCUGUUGAAUUAACUUCAGAUAAAUCGGACCUGCUAAAAUCUGAAUGAGAAUUUGAAGUUCAGGGUAAAUUAUGAGGAGGUGCUUAAGCUAAUACAUUAUUCCGUGCUGGGAGAUGAAACCAUGAAAGUAUUUUUAGUAUUUCCUCAAAGUCUUCAAGAAAAAGCCUAUGAUGUACCGAACACACACAAGCAUGUUACCAACAACUCUUGGGCAUCCUCAGUAAUUCUGUCACAAUCUUUUCCUUGCCAUAGAAUUUCCCUGCUGUAUGUUAUCCCUUAUAGCUUGUUCAGAUCUCAUCAAUCGGAUUUUGGUUUCUGAGAAAAGCUGGUUAUUAUCUCCAGGUAAUCUUAGAGUAUGGUGAAAUGUGGACAGAUUUGUGUUGCUGUUCAGUCUGUGAUGAAGCUUGCUUCUCUCUUCGUCCAAUUCACAUCCCAUAUUCACCAUGCCACUGCAACUUCUGGAAAGUGAUUUAGCAAUGGUGAAGUAGAUGUGUGAUGAAAAAUGAUCUGGACUUGCAAUUAACCAACUGGAUGAUUGCAUUGCCAUCAGCAGAACUGCAGCUACAAUUAGUCCACAUUUUACGUUCUAAGAAUACUUUAGAGUCCUGACUUUUUAAUUCCCUAGUAAAAUAACUAGUCAAGUUAAACCAAAAUCUGUUUUUUGUUAGAGCCCUGUGUAUUUUGGGCUUUCUUUUGUUGUAGCAUGAGAUGAUUUCUUCAGAGAACGCAAAGUAAAGUUUUAAAAAGAAGGCCUUACAGCUCCAAACUUCUGAAUUUCCAAGUCAUUUCAAGAUGCAAAAGUGUUUCAUUUAUGGACUCCAAAAUUAAGGCAAGAUGUCAGCUGGUAGGCCACUUAACUUUUUCUUCUGUUGGAUGUUCAGGCUUGUAUUUCUUUUAAAUGUGCAUGUGUGUAUAUAUAUACACACCAAUAUAAUUUUGAGUUGGGAGUCUGGAGUUACUCCAUAUAUAGGGAUUGAGAGUAAACUAUUGCAGAUGAUAAAGCACUAAAUGAAACCUAUUUAUUUAUGAAAAUGUGUAGUUGACAAUUCAUACUGAUGGUAUGAUAUGAGAAAAAAGGAGUGACGUUAGCACUGAGAUGACACGGGCAGAGUAAAAUCUUUUUUGUUUCAGUUGAAGGGCCAUUUUUUCUCUCUCACUAAACAAAAAUCAUGCAUUGUAGGUGACUGAGUGGACCGUCUGCAUUCACAAAUUCCAGUUCAUGACAAAAAUCAAUGUGUCUUCGUGGACAUGUACAUUUCCUCCUUCCUUUCUUCAAAUGCACAGCAGAAAUGCUAGACCCUGCUUCAUCUAAGCAUUAUAUGCAGUGACAUCUAAAUCGCAUUAACAAAUUGCAUGGUAUGAGUCUGGUUUAGAAUCCUAGCUGGUAGAUAAGAAACAACCAAUGAGGAUUAAACCAUAGUUUAGAAUCUGAGUGUUUAGGUAAGAAGCAAACCACACUUUGUUAAAGCAUCUCAAUUUGGAUAUUGCAACAAAUUGCAGUUUCUUUCCAAAAAUUUUAAAAUAGCUUCAUGUCCAAAGGAAAGAGGGAGGGUGCCUGGAAGUCUGGAAGUAAGCUAGAUUUGUUCUUACAAACAAACUGCUUCUUGUUUGUGCUUUGUGAAUGCAGCUGAUGUCUCCAGCCACUGUUGCAAGUGGUUUGGGUUUAACAGUAUCAUAUGACUUUACAACAUAGUUACUCAUACCAAAUUAUUUACUCAUACAGAUAGGAAAGUUAUUUUCCAGUGAUGAGUUAAGUGUCACCCACAUUUGUAAGGGCUGUUCUAAUGAUUUCAUUUCCUGGUGGUUGUUAUGCUCAGAAUCUACACAACUUCAGACUUCAUCCAAUGACCAUCAAAGUUAAUAGUUACACAUGGGCACUAGUGUGAAGAACUCUUGGGGCAAAAAACAGAGUUUUCAGGGAAAUGUAGACCAAAACAUGUAGAGUUUCUGUUAAUGGCAGGUGCAGUAGGGAAAGAUUCAAGGAGAAGGAUAAUCUGUCAACUAUUAGCAGGGGUUUUUUUCUGGGAAAAGAGGUGGUGGAACUCAGUGGGUUGCCCUCGGAGAAAAUGGUCACAUGGCUGGUGGCCCCGCCCCCUGACCAUUUUCAAGAGGUUCCGGAACUCCGUUCCCCCGCGUUCCCCCUGAAAAAAAGCCCUGACUAUUAGCCAUUUGCUAGCACAGCACAACUUAUUUCUUUUGAAGAAAUGUUGACAGUGUAAUUUUUUUACGAUGAUGAUUUGUGUUCUUUUUUGAGAACCAGUGCCUUAUUCAAUAUGUAAAUACUGUAAUUGUAAAAACUAGGGAACAAGCCUAUGUUGUAAUUGUUCAAGAUGGUAUAUGUAUGUUUUAACAUUCUCCCAAUAAAAUGUUUUCAG